UGAAGGAAACCAUCCGCUUCAUCUCCUUCCUCUAUUUUUCCCCUUUCGCCGGCUGCGCUAAACCCUAGCCAAAGCCUCCGAGCUCACAAUUCAACGGAGCAUAUCGGCAAUGUCGUCCGCCGGCGACGGCACGAAGCCUUCGAGGUCCGCCAUCGUGGCCGACAUGGCGAGCGGGCACCAUCUUCUCACGAUCCAUGGGUACUCCGGCACCAAGAGCAUCCCCACCGGAGACUGCGCCAAGUCCCUCCCCUUCACCAUCGGAGGCCAUCUCUGGCGCAUCGACUACUACCCCAACGGCAAAAAAUCCGAUGUCGAGGAAUACAUAUCCCUCGGCUUAAUCCUCGACGAAGAUGUCGCGGCGGAGGUGAACGCGAAGUGGGACAUCUGCUUCGCCGGCGAGGAGGAGGAGGCGAAGCAAGUGGCCUCGAUGGCAUCGGAAUCGGUGUUCAACUUCCCCUCCCGGAGCUGCUCGUUGUGCACGACCUUCGUCAAAAGGGAGGCCCUGGAGAGCUCUGAGCAUCUCAGGAACGAUUCGUUCACCAUCCGGUGCGACAUCGUCGUCGUCCACGGUUGCCGCGCACAGGAGCACGCAGUGGCCUUUGUCUCCGUGCCCCCGCGCAACCUGCACCGCCAUCUGGGAGAGCUCCUCAAGACCGAGAAGGGCGCUGACGUGGUGUUCGAGGUCGGCGGCGAGACCGUCGCCGCGCACCGCUGCGUGCUCGCCGCUCGCUCCUCGGUCUUCAGCGCCGAGCUCUUUGGACCGAUGAAGGAGGGCAACGCCGCCUCUGGCGUCAUCGUGCGCGUGGAAGACAUGGAGAUGGUGGUGUUCAAGGCGUUGCUCCACUUCGCCUACACGGACUCGUUGCCGGAGAUGCAGAAGGAAGACGAAGACGUGACCUACCAGCAUCUGCUCGUUGCAGCGGACAAGUACAACAUGGAGCGUCUGAAGCUGAUCUGCGAGGGGAAGCUGUGCGAGUACAUCGAUGUGGGCACGGUGGCGACCAUCUUGGCGCUAGCCGACCAGCACCAUUGUGACGGGCUGAAGAAAGCUUGCUUGAACUUUCUAGCCGCUCCGGCAACUCUGAAGGCGGUCAUGGCCACCGAUGCCUUCCAGCAUCUGAGCCGGAGCUGCCCUUCUCUCAUGGUUGAGCUCAUGGCCAUGUCCUUGCAGCAUUAGCUGAGUGAUCGAUGCUGCGUGUUGUAGGCUUAUAGCAAUGGUGAAUCAUGGUUUCUAGACUAAUGUAAUCAGGUAGCUGUCUUAGUAGUUUAUUGCAGCAUCUAUCCUAAUUAGCCAUUGACAUGCAAAAAUCAGCCUCAUUUUGUCCCUGUUUUGUCAGUUCAUCGCAUCUCUGCAACUGUGGCAGUUAACUAGGAAGUGCAUUGAAAUCAGACGACA